AUGGGAACAUCAGAGAGCAAAAUAACAAGACAGGCAUUCAACGCUAUCAAUGCGUUGGACCAACCAAAAUCAGCCAAAGAUGCCAAGGUACAAAAGAAGCUAAAGCAACUGUUACUACGUGGCGCUUCACCAAAUAUUGCGGGUGCUGGCGGUAAGUACCCGCUGCAUCUGGCAGUCGACAACCACGACGAGGAGACUGUCAGCAUGCUACUCAAGCGUGGUGCUUCUCCCAACGUACUAUGCGAUGCCGGUACAACCCCACUCAUCGCUGCCGUGUGCGCCGGUGACGACAAACUCGUCGAACUAUUUGUCUGCAACUCAAAUGAAAUGAAUGGAGGAGGUGGAGCAUCAUCCUCGGCAUUCAGCAAUAUGAGUAGCAAUAGUAUAUCUAUCAAUAGUAAUAGUAACAACAAUAAUGGUGCAAGUACCAGUGGACAUACAAGUCCUGCGACAACUAAUGUUGGAUCAGGAGCAGGUAUAGAUGUUAACCUCGGGGACAAACAAAAAAUGACCCCGUUAAUGUGGGCUGCUCAUGAAGGUAAUGACUCUCUAGUACGCUUCCUUCUCAAUAAUGGAGCAGAUGUGAAUCGUCGUGAUGGUACGGGACGCACAGCUCUGCUGAUUGCACGUGGUGCCGGUCACAUGAACACGGUCACAAUCCUCAACGACCAUUUUUGCAAGGUCAACAAAAUCGCCAAACUGCUCACGCAAAGCACGGCAUUUAACCAUAUUUCCAGUGGCAUCAUAUUGCCCAAUAACUCUAGUACCGGUAGUGGACUUGGUAACCAUAACAACAGCAGUAACAACUUAUACCAACAACACCUCCAACAACAACUUCAUUAUGUAAAUAACCCAAACAACAACAACCCAAACAACUCAAAUAGCAACAAUAAUAAUAAUACUGGAGGAACUGAUUCAUUAGCUUCAUCUUGGUCAUCCACUGAUUCUGUAUUUCAUAAUAACCAACAACAACAACAACAAAAUAAUCAACAAACUAAUAAUAAUAAUCCAGGCAACAAUAAUAAUACUAAUAAUAAUAAUAAUGAUCCAUUAUUUUUAAAUGAAUCAACUAAUAAUAAUAAUAAUAACAAUACUAAUAACAAUAAUAAUAAUAAUAAUAAUAAUAAUAAUAAUAAUAAUAAUAAUGGUGGAGGAUCAAAACUAACUAUACACAAAAGAGAGAAUAGUACUUUACAUAGCACAAUUAGUAGUAGUAGUAAAGACUGUAAAGUUUGUUGGGAAAGACCAUCCGAUACGGUACUUUUAUGGUGUGGACAUCUUGCCAUUUGUUAUUUUUGUACUCAAUAUUUACAAUCAUGUCCAAUUUGUACUGUACCAAUUGAAAAAGUAGUCAAAGUUUAUCAAACUUGA